UUUUGACCAACAGUAGCCUCUGUCCUAUUGACUAAGCAAGCAGCUUACAGCUUCUGUGCAUCCCUAUGCUCUCAGAUUGGCUAUGGAGUAGGGUUUGCUAAACACAAGCCGGUUUUGAGUACCCAAGAGCAUCUUGUGCCACCCCACAUAUCCAGGCAGCCCUAGCCGGGUUAUGCUAAAAAGAGGAAACUGCUGCUGUGUCUAUGAUACACAUGGUGCAGAAGUGCACAAAAAGGACAGUGUAUAAACUGAGCUGCAGUAGCAAGUGACAAAAGCACUGAGAACAGGCAAAUACAAGGAAAAGAAAGGUAACUCUUAUCCUCAGAACCACAGUUUCUCUUGCAAGCUUCAGAAGCCUACAUAUUGGACAUUUUUCCCCUCCUGAAGGAGCCAACCUGUGGUGUUUUCAUUUUAACAACAUCCCUCAUAAAUAAAUGUGGACUUCAGGUAGAAUGAGCAAUGCAAAGAACUUUCUUGGACUUGGUGUGUCCUUGUACUUUUGGGGACUGAUGGACCUUACUACAACUGUGCUAUCUGGGAGUGCUAAGCCACUUACCAAAAGCCAAGAAGAAAACCUAUCUGACAAGCUGCUACUGCAUCAGCGAAUGAAGAGGAGCUGGGUGUGGAACCAGUUCUUUGUUUUGGAAGAGUACACAGGAACUGACCCUUUAUACGUUGGCAAGCUUCAUUCUGAUAUGGACAGAGGGGAUGGAUCAAUCAAAUACAUUCUUUCAGGAGAAGGAGCUGGCAUUGUAUUUACAAUUGAUGAUACGACUGGGGACAUUCAUGCCAUUCAGAGACUGGACCGAGAAGAAAGAUCCCAGUAUACACUGAGGGCACAGGCCCUGGACAGACGGACAGGCAGGCCAAUGGAACCAGAGUCAGAGUUCAUUAUCAAAAUCCAAGAUAUCAAUGACAAUGAACCUAAAUUUCUGGAUGGACCUUAUGUAGCUUCUGUUCCAGAAAUGUCACCAGUGGGUACCUCUGUUAUUCAGGUGACAGCAACAGAUGCUGAUGAUCCAACAUAUGGGAACAGUGCCAGAGUAGUCUACAGUAUUCUCCAGGGCCAACCAUAUUUCUCUGUGGACUCCAGGACAGGCCUAAUUAGGACAGCUCUAAUGAACAUGGACAGAGAAGCAAAAGAAUAUUAUGAAGUGAUUAUCCAGGCCAAAGACAUGGGUGGACAGCUGGGAGGAUUGGCUGGGACAACCACAGUCAACAUCACCCUCUCUGAUGUCAAUGACAAUCCGCCCAGAUUCCUACAGAAACAUUAUCAGAUGAAUGUGUUGGAGUCUGCUCCGGUCAGCUCCAUUGUGGGCCGUGUCAUUGCUAAGGACCUGGAUGAAGGCAUUAAUGCUGAAAUGAAAUACAACCUAGUGGAUGGAGAUGGACUAGAUGUCUUUGACGUUAACACUGAUCCUAAUUACCAAGUUGGCAUCAUAACUGUGAGAAAGCCCUUAAGUUUUGAGAGCAAGAAAAGCUAUACUUUAAAAGUUGAAGGUGCCAACCCCCACCUGGAAAUGCGUUUCCUGAAUCUGGGUCCUUUCCGGGACACUACAACUGUACACAUCAGUGUGGAGGAUGUGGAUGAGCCGCCUGUGUUUGAACCCAGCUUUUAUUUUGUGGAAGUGCCUGAAGAUGUAGAGAUUGGAACCACCAUACAAAUCAUUUCUGCCAAGGACCCUGAUGUGACCAACAACUCAAUCAGAUACUCAAUUGAUAGAAGCAGUGAUCCUGGAAGGUUUUUUUAUGUCGACAUUACAACAGGAGCACUGAUGACUGCAAGACCUCUUGACCGGGAAGACAUUUCUUGGCACAAUAUCACUGUGAUGGCUAUGGAGCUGAACAACCCCUCACAAGUUGGCAGUGUAUCAGUCACAGUCAAGGUCCUGGAUGUGAAUGACAAUGCUCCUGAAUUUGCCAGGUUCUAUGAAGCUUUUGUAUGUGAAAAUGCAAAAGCUGGCCAGCUCAUUCAGACAGUGAGUGCAGUAGACCAGGAUGACCCGCAGGAGGGUCAGCACUUCUACUACAGCUUGGCUCCUGAGGCAGCUAACAACCCCAACUUUACUCUAAGGGACAAUCAAGACAAUACUGCCUGGAUUUUAACCAGACGAUCUGGCUUCAGACAACAUGAGCAGAACACCUUUUACCUCCCUAUCCUCAUCAUCGACAAUGGGCGCCCCAGGCUGAGCAGCACCAGCACAUUGACUGUUCAUGUGUGCAGCUGUGAUGAUGAUGGUGUGGUGAUCUCCUGCAAUGCAGAGGCCUACAUCCUCCCCGUCAGCCUAAGUAGAGGAGCACUUAUUGCAAUCCUGGCCUGCAUCUUUGUCUUGUUAGUGCUAGUGCUGCUCAUCUUAUCUAUGAGGCGGCACAGGAAACAGCCAUACAUCAUCAAUGAAGAAGAGAACAUCCAUGAAAAUAUUGUCAGGUAUGAUGACGAAGGAGGCGGUGAGGAAGACACAGAGGCCUUUGAUAUUGCUGCUAUGUGGAACCCUAGGGAGGCCCAGGUGGUGGUGAAAAGCAGGCAGGACAUGAUGCCUGAAAUCGAGAGCCUCUCCAGAUAUGUGCCUCAGACAUGCGUGAUGGAUAGCAACGUCCACAACUAUGUGCUGGCCAAGCUGUAUGAAGCUGACAUGGACCUUUGGGCUCCUCCCUUUGACUCCCUUCAGACGUACAUGUUUGAAGGGAAUGGCUCAGUAGCAGAGUCACUCAGCUCAUUACAGUCAGUCACAACAGACUCAGACCAGAGCUACGACUACCUGACAGACUGGGGACCUCGCUUUAAAAAGUUGGCUGAGAUGUAUGGUGUCACAGAUGGCAGUGGGGCUCUGUGGUAACAAAAGAGGAGCUCAGAGCAUUUUCUACACAACACAAACAUCCGAAUCUAGGUCCAUUCUCAUCAGAUGCUUCCAUGGACAUGGGUGAGCCCUCCUAAAAUAGCAAUACGGUGCUUGAAUGAGAAUGGGGGAGAGGGCUGUAAACAAAUCUCUCUCUGGAUCAGCUUUACUCAGUUAAAUUAAGUUAAAUUUUUACACAAUGAAGAGCAGAAGGAAGAAAAUGUUUUUCUUGGUUUUAGGGCUAUGUUUGAAAGCUUCACUCCUGGACUAUAAAGACGCUUUUCUCUCUCCUAAUUUUUUACAUGGCAGCUUACUGAGUUCUCUGUAUCUGGGUACAAAGAUCCUUAGACUCCAAUAGUAAUCUUCCACUCACAGGGACUUUGCCAGCAAAAUAUAUAUAU